CCCACUCAAGUGCCUUCACUUACAUUCAGCAACACCCCAUAGCAGCUGGGAGCUGUGUUCCCCUCUGUCAGUUUCCGCUGGACCAAACACGGAGGCCGGAGUGCACGGCGUAGGUUUGUGCCCAGCGCAGUAACAACCCGGCUGCUGCUGUUUGGGGAGCCUGGGAGGCUCCAGUCUAGUCCCGAGGCCCAGGGCGGCCGCCGCAGGGAGAAGCCCCGGUCUCCGGGUCCCCGCCGUAGGGAGGCCGGGCCUGUCUCCUGCCGGAGGAGGAAGAAGCGAGCGGCCCGGGCGCCACCUCUUUCCCCUUGGGGGAGGGCGCUGGCAUCCUCGCGGCGGCCGCGGCUCGGGGGCUCCCGGAGUCCCGGAACUCCUCCCAGGACCGGCGCACUUGAACUCCGGGAGUUGGCCCAGCACCUCGCCCCGCCGUCCUGCCAGUCUCCGUCCCAGUGCGGAGCGGCCCGCCGGCGCGAUGCUGGCGCUGUGGCUGGUGGGCCUGGGGCAGAAGCUGCUGAUCUGGGGCGCGCUGGGCGCCUUCUCCGUGGCGGGAGCCACUCUUCUCCUGAGCCUCCUGCAGAUGGUGGCGAGGUGCGCGCGGCAAUGGCAGCAGAUGAGGGGCCUCCCCACGUUGCCCGGCUGCUACCCCUUGGUGGGACACGCGCUGAUGAUGAAGCCAGAGGGGAAAGAAUUUUUUCAGCAGCUAAUUUGUUACACAGAAGAAUAUCGGCAUUUUCCAGUGCUGAAACUCUGGCUUGGACCAGUACCACUCUUGGCCAUUUAUAAUGCAGAAAACGUGGAGGUAAUUUUAAGUAGUUCAAGUCAAAUUGACAAAUCCUGUGUGUACAAGUUCCUAGAACCAUGGCUUGGCCUGGGACUCCUUACCAGUACUGGAAACAAGUGGCGAUCUAGGAGAAAAUUGUUAACACCCACUUUCCAUUUUACAAUUCUGGAAGAUUUCUUAGAUGUCAUGAAUGAACAAGCAAACGUAUUGGUUAAUAAGCUUGAAAAACAUGUUAACCAAGAAGCCUUUAACUGCUUUUUUUACAUCACUCUUUGUGCCUUAGAUAUAAUUUGUGAAACAGCCAUGGGGAAGAACAUUGGUGCUCAAAGUAAUGAUGAUUCCGAGUACGUCCGUGCAAUUUAUAGGAUGAGUGAUUUGAUAUCUCGAAGAAUGAGGAUGCCGUGGCUCUGGCUUGACUUUUUGUUUCUUAUGUGUAAAGUAGGAUGGGAACACAAAAGGAACCUAAAGAUCCUACAUAAUUUUACCAAUAAGGUCAUCUCUGAACGGGCCAAGGAACUGAAGAGAGACGAAGAACAGAGAAGUGGUGACAAGGACUCUUCCCCCUCCAAGAAUAAACGCAGGGCUUUUCUUGACUUGCUUUUAAAUGUGACUGAUGAUGAAGGGAACAAGCUAAGUCACGAAGAGGUUCGAGAAGAAGUGGACACUUUCAUGUUUGAGGGCCAUGACACGACUGCAGCAGCAAUAAACUUGUCCUUGUAUCUAUUGGGUUCUUACCCAGAAGUCCAGAAACACGUGGACAGUGAACUGGAGGAAGUGUUUGGGAAGUCUGAUCGUCCUGCUACCGUAGAAGACCUGAAGAAACUUAGAUACCUGGAAUGUGUCAUUAAGGAGAGCCUCCGCCUUUUUCCUUCUGUCCCCUUAUUUGCCCGCAAUCUUACUGAAGAUUGUGAAGUUGCGGGGUACAAAAUUGUGAAAGGCUCUCAAGCAAUCAUCGUUCCCUAUGCACUGCAUAGAGAUCCAAGAUACUUCCCAAAUCCUGAGGAAUUCCAGCCGGAACGGUUCUUUCCCGAGAAUUCGCAAGGACGCCACCCAUUCGCAUAUGUGCCUUUCUCUGCUGGACCCAGAAACUGUAUAGGUCAAAAAUAUGCCACAAUGGAAGAAAAGGUCGUCCUCUCCUGCAUCCUGAGACAUUUUUGGGUAGAAUCCAACCAGAAAAGAGAAGAACUUGGUCUGGCGGGAGAGCUGAUUCUUCGUCCAACCAGUGGCAUCUGGAUCAAGCUGACGAGGAGAAACGGAGAUGCGUCCUAA